AUGACUAAAAGCUACCGCAUCAAUGGCGACAAUCCGAAGUCACGUCGCUCGUCGCCGCAUCCCGACGCCUUGGCUCAGAUAUCAUAUUGUAUACACGGCUGCCCGGACUCGGAGAUCCGGAACGGACCAAUGCAAAGCGAGUCUGAUGACAUUAUCACACAGAUUCUUGGCAAUUUUGGCAUCUGGCAACUGCGAUCUGUGCUGAUCAUCUUUCUGUGCAAGAUUCCGGCUGCUUGGUUCAUGGCCUGCAUCAUCUUCACGGCUCCAGACAUCUAUCCCAAUGAGGAGUUUACUUGCGACACGAGUGUCUAUGGAGUCGCCGAGAACUGUAGCGUCACAGAGGAUCAGUGCACCGUUCUGGUGGCCUAUGGCGAUGGAAACUAUGCGAUGCGUCAGUGUCAGCAGUUCAACUAUGCUCCGGGCUUCCACUCCCUGAUCAUGGAGUUCGAUCUGGUUUGUCUGUGCGACAUUUUCGUUGCCUGGUCUCAGUACUGGCAUCUCUUUGGCAUGUUCCUUGGAGGUGUUGUCUCCACCCGCCUGAUGCGAGUUCUCAGUCCACGCAGUGUCCACAUCUCCGGCAUUUUGGGCCUGCUCUGCUGCGGCAUCUGCACGGGUCUGGUCAAUGACUUUAGCUUGCAUUGCUCGUUUCGCUGCCUCUCCGGAGUAUGUUGUUGCUUUAUGAUGACUUCCGGCCAGGUCAUAUUAACAGACAUUACGGCGGGCAAGUAUCGUCAGGGUGUCCUGCUGCUCUACGAGACCUUCUGGUCCCUUGGCGUCAUCCUGCUGCCUGCGAUCGCUGCCGGCGCCCACAGUUGGCGUCAGAUUGUAAUUGGGAUAACAUUGUUGCCUCUUGUGAUUGUCCUGCUGCUUCCCUGGCUGCCAGAUUCGCCACGCUGGCAGCUCCAGCACUCCCGGUCCAUGGAUGAUGCAGUGGAUUACGUCAUGGAGCUACUACUCAAGGCGGCCAGCGUCAAUGAUCGAAGGUACAAGGUACCCCACGACUUGGCUGCCCGGUUGGAGCACUUGGGUGAUAAGCUGAGAGCUCAGCCACCAUCUGCCCGUUGGUUGGAGCUGUGGCGUGGUCAUAAGCGGGCCAAGAUUCAUAUGAUGGCCACUCACAUGGCACUGGCCACGUUCCUCAUCGGCCACGUGGGUCUGCUGCUCAACAUACGCUCCUUUGGACGCGACUAUCUGUCGCCUAAUACCAUUAUCAUUGGCCUGGUCGAAAUCCUCGGCUGCCUGUUGGCCAUGUACUUGACCUUUAACCACAAUGCCCACAAGUGGCAAUGGGCUGGAACCUUCUGCAUUCUGGGCGGCGCCGUGGGUUGUCUUUGCUGGUUCUUCAACGAUGUGGACUUGCCAGAAGUCUAUGGGAUUGCUCUCUGGAUGCUCUUUGCUGCGUUGCCCAAGGCUAGCAUCUCCUGCGCUCAGGCCAUGUUACUCACCUGCAUGGGCGAGUCUGUGCCCUCCGAGAAACGUGACCCAUUCGCGUUCUCUGUGGUCACCUGGGCACGUGUCUGGUUGCUGUCCGCCUCAUUUCUCACUCUGCUCAGAGAGCUCAACAUUGCCCUCUCCCUCUCCGCUUUCUGUGUCCUCGUCAUCUUGGGCGGCAUCUGCACCUGCUGCCUCCGCACGCCCCUUGAGAGGCACCACGAGCAGGAGGAUCCAGAGGAGCAGCAUUAUAACGAUGCUGUCAGCUUCAAUACGCAUUUGUAGCAUGUGAUACACUAGUGAAUUAUGCUUAGUAUUAUUUAAAUAUUGCAUAAAGUAUGUGUACAAUAGUAAAAUAUUUAUUAAGCUUA